UAAACAAACCGAACAUCAUCUCCGAGCGGUGUCGUAGGUUCUAUUUAAUAUUGUUGCAAUAAGUCUGCGGAUUCUUUUCACGAUAUGGAUUUGGACUCGUAUAAAUAUGUGGAAUUGCAGCGCCUCGCUAAGGAGGUUGGACUGAAAGCCAAUAUGAAGGCUGAUAAGCUGUUGAAGGCUUUGAAACAACACUUCUCGCAACAACAGGCUCCUGAAAACGGGAAUGAUGCGCCAAACGAGGACGCGCCCGUGGAUACGCAGGAAACUAGCACCGCUAUGUUCGUGACUGAGCGCCGAGGGAAGCGCCGAACUGUCAAGAGAAAACUCUGCGACUCUACACCAGUCACUGCUGAGAUUGAGGAGAAGCCGGUACAGACAGAAGAGAGCCGAAGUGGCUCCAAAAGAAGAAAAGUGUCCUCAACCAAGGACACUUCACUUCCACCUGAAAUUCCUGCUGAUAAGGAUACUUUGGAGAAAAAUAGAGAAACCGGAGACACCAAUUCAGAUGCUCACAAACGGACAAGUGAGAAAGGUGCUGGGAGAAAGACAGCAGGCAAAAUCCCCCGUCAUGAGGGUUUAAUGAAGAAGAAGCCUGCUCUACGGCCCACAACUCCAAACUUUAAAAAACUUCAUGAAGCUCACUUCAAAAAGAUGGAGUCAAUCGAUUCUUAUGUCCAGAGAAAGAACAUACAAAUGGAGGUGCUGAGAAAUUCUGUCAAGGAACUAAAGACUCUGUCAGAAAAGACACUGAUGAAAUCUGUUGAAACAAAGAAGCUGCCUGUUAGCCGAGCAUCACUCUUCAGUCCUGGAGUGCAGGAAAAGAAACAAAUCCCAGAAAGACGCAGGCUCACUCAGCAGUCUGCCAGUAAACCUGCUUUAAAGGACAGCACCACCUUUAGGCCAACUGCCCUCACAACAAAUAAAAUCAAUGUCCGGUUCUCAAAGGCCACUCAAGAUAAUGAAUACAAGCGUUCACUGGUGAAGACCCCAGCUCGUAUGUCUCCUCUCGUCCCCCUUACCUCCACUCCAGGGAGAAAAUCUGAUGUUCACUCCAAAUCUGAAUUUAAUAGAUCUACCACUCAGAUCAAUAAAACACCUGGAGUUACACCAUUUGUUUUCAGUGGAAACAAUAGUGUGUCAGUCACACCAGGCAACACCAAGAACAACACAUUUGAUCUUAAGGCGAGUCUCUCUCGCCCAUUAACCUACAAACCACACAAAGGGAAGCUGAAGGCUUUUGGAGCCGCACAGGAGAGUUCAACACUUAAUAAAUCUCAGACUGUUCCUUCACAUCAGAAAAACUAUAAACAGCACCAAGUACAAACCAGAGAGGAACGACGUGUCAGACAGGUGGAGGACAGAAAACAAAAGAAGGAGAUGAUGUUGGGUGCCAGACGAGGCCUGGUCAUGGCAUAAUUCCAGUGGGUUUUAGUCUUUGUAAC